UCUCGUGCGCUCUAUUUUAACUACAUAUUUUGAAACCACCGACAUAAUUCAGCUGACUUGGAGAUUUUUUGACCGUAUGCCUGGAUAUCGCCAGUCAUGUAUCAUAUUUAAUAGUCUAUUUGAUCUUACAAUCACUAACAAGGUCAUUUAUGUGUUUGACCGUUUUCAGCCUACAUCUGCAGCUCUUUGCAAUCUUAACUAACUAGAAGCCAAAAAGUCUACCUCGAAUGCAUUCACAGAACAAUCUUUUACAUACAUAGUCUGGUCAAUCUGCGUGUCUUCUCUCACAAUGAUGGCCUCCAAUCUUAUCUCACGGCUUCUACCAAAUACACAAGGACGAUCAAUAUAUGAUUCAUUACGUGCUCACGACGAGGCAUCCGAAUCGGAUAUAGACGUAGAGGAACGAGCGGCGAUGGCAAUCGACGAGGAGAAUUUAAGGUUUCAGGAUGAUGAGUUAGGAAAUCCAGCAGAUGUCAUCGGCGGCGAGUCUGUCACAGAAAGUACGGCAUUUCUGUCUGAUCAACAACAAACACCUCAGAAGCAGGGAUAUAAUCGCAAGGGGAAAGGCAAAGGUCGCUCACAAAAUUUGGCAGAAUCGCCAAGGUUACUUGAAGAAGAUCCAGAUGAUGAUGUGCCUGCCUCAUUGUUGAUCGAGGGAAAUAAUCGACAUGCUGAUCCGGAGACCGCAAACCACAUCCGAGCAAGGCAGAAGGCGCUGCCAAAAAGAGCACCUGCAGUACCGGGACCAUCCGCACAACAGAUAAAAGAAGAAAGAGAUAGGGCUCAUUGGGAGAUGACGCAGGAACAACAGAAAUUACAUGCAGAUGGCGGAAACAGGGCGACUGUUGUGCCGCACACACCACAGUCUAUCCCUCAAAAUAAUGGAUUCUACUUUACAGGCAGUCCGAAAGAUAAAGCUAUGUAUCGAUGGGUCAACGUAACAAAUCUAGAUAAUUUCAUCGGAGAUCUAUAUGCUUAUUUUGAGGGGGCGGGAAUUUGGUGUAUAGUUCUCGCCAAAGUCAUUGACAUCCUGUAAGUCCAUCCUUCUAAGGUGAAGCAGCUCAAGCUAAUCAUAUUUUCUUUUCUAGCACACUUGUUUUUGUAGCAGUAUUUACGACUUUCCUUACACAAUGUGUCGACUAUAAAAAGAUCUACCGUGGUGAUGCUCGCAGCUUGGAGUACGCGUUGGUUCCACAAUGUACAAAGAAGAUAUCCGGAAUGUCGAAUGUAGCAAUUUGGCUAGUCUGCUUAUUUGUACUCUAUAGAGUAUAUCAGCUUCUGACGGAUCUCCCGAGGCUUAUGAAAAUGCGUGACUUUUUUACCUAUCUUCUUGAGAUACAAGAUAGCAAUAUGCAGACUGUAUCUUUUCAAGAUGUUAUUGCUAGGUUAAUGGCUCUGCGAGACGCAAAUCCCAUGACAGUGGAGAGGAUUUCACCGGAUAAUCGGAAAUUUGUCUUGGGGACUCAAUCAAAACAACGACUUGAUGCCCACGACAUAGCCAAUCGUUUGAUGAGGAAAGAAAACUACCUUAUUGCCCUGUUUAACAAGGAAAUUCUGGACCUUACUCUACCCCUACCAUUUCUGCAAGGCCGACAGCUAUUUUCAAAAACCCUACAAUGGAACUUAGAGUGGUGCAUAUUAGACUUUGUCUUCAAUGACUAUGGUCAGGUCAGACAAUUGGUUCUGAAGGAUUCCCAUCGGCGAGAGUUGAGCGAUGGGUUGCGAAAUAGGUUUCUUUUCGCUGGUUUAAUGAACGUUAUCUGUGCUCCAGUCAUUGUCAUCUAUGUGGUGAUUGUGUAUUUCUUCAAAUACUUCAAUGUAAAUUUUGCCCUAUCUUCGAAAUUUGAACGCCAGCUAACUAGAGAUUUAGCAAUAUCAUAAAAAUCCCGCGGCUCUCGGCUCACGGGGAUAUACGCCUCUUGCGGAGUGGAAAUUUAGGGAGUUCAAUGAGCUUCACCAUUUAUUUAACAAGCGGUUAAAUAUGUCUUACCCUUUUGCAUCACGGUACCUCAAUCAAUUUCCAAACGUAAAAACGGCUCAUAUGGCUAAAUUUAUAACAUUCAUGGCCGGAGCCGUUGUUUCUGUUUUGGUAGUUGCCACGGUCUGGGAUUCCGAAGUUUUGGCCGGAUUUGACAUCACCUCGGAGAGGCCGGUAUUAUUCUACAUAGGAGUCUUUGGAUCGCUUUGGGCUAUCACAAAUGGUAUGAUACCAGAAGAAAAUGAGGUUUUUGACCCCGAGUAUGCACUUCGGCAAGUGAUAGAAUAUACUCAUUACAUGCCCAACCACUGGCAAGAUCGACUCCACAGCGACGAAGUCAAACGGGAGUUUUCCACUCUCUACCAACUUAAACUCAUGAUUUUCAUUGAAGAAGUAUUUAGCAUCAUAAUUACUCCAUUUCUGUUAUGGUUCAGCUUGCCAAAGUGCGCCGAUCAGAUCAUUGACUUCUUUAGAGAAUUCACAGUUCAUGUUGAUGGUGUGGGAUAUGUUUGCUCAUUCGCCGUCUUCGAUUUCAAGAAGGGAGAUGGUAGAGCUCCGACACAAGGUAAAGCCAAGGCCGACAUGCGAGAGGAUUAUUAUUCCACGAAGCAUGGAAAAAUGGCCGCUUCAUAUUAUAACUUCCUGGACAACUAUUUGCUCAAUCCAAAAACAGGUGUACCAGGACAUAACCCACCAGGAUUGCGACAACAAUUCUACCCUCCUCCAGCCUUUCCAGGUUUGAUGUCGUCUCCCACAUCGGGUGCGGAUUUGCAGAGCUCAAGGACGGGACGGAGUGAUGCAAGGCCGGUGAAUAGAGCACCUUAUGCUCCGCAGCAAGCAGUUCGGACAUCUCGAUUCCCAUCUAAUACCGCUGCUACUGGAUCUCCUAUGGCCUCCAUUCUUUUGGAUCCACGUCACCAACCGCCAUCAUCUGAAUUGGGAGCUCGUAGCGUUAGACGAAGCUCUCGAUCCCGUUAUCAAGCUCGUAGAGGAAACAAUAUUAUUGAACAUCCGAUGGAGGACGAGGAUGGAUAUUGCCGACCCGUCGUCCAACCUGGAAGAUCUUAUGCAGUUGAUGAGACGGUCGCAAACCUGGGUGAAUCCACUUGGGAAGUGUCUCCAGCAAAAGCAGACGCUGACGGUAAAGAUGAGGAGGACGACGGUGAUGCUACUGGGGGAGCUGGAGUCUUGGGACUUGUGUAUCAAUUUCAGAAGGCGCAAACAAAUGGUAGACCCGGAGUCAGCAUUUGGUAGUGAGGGAAUAUGAAGGUUAUGGAGUCUGAGGCAUUUUUUGGCGAAAGGGAAGAUAUAUGCAUGGUAUCGGUUGGAGCGCAUGGGUUUGGAGCGAAGCCACUUUUAAUGUGAGCAUAUUUUAGCAUGUAGUUUUGAUAUCAAAUAUCAUGACAUUCGACA